AUGAGCCUGGUUUUUGCUCUGACUCUUCUGUUUGUCUCAAAAACUGUGGCUUUAGAUCAGGGUUGCCGACCAGGAGAGUGUCCCCCCGGUUAUCACAAAAAGUCAAGUUGUGGACUUAAUGGCACUUGGAAUGUAUGUCAAGAAUGUCCCGACGGUCGCUACAUGAACCUAAACAACACAGAGAAGAGUUGUAUCCAGUGCAGCAAAUGUGGACCUAAAAAAGUGGAGCAGACGCCAUGCACUUCUGUCUCCAAUCGUGAGUGUGUUGAGAAACGACCUAGAUGCUCCUCCUGUCAAAACAGGGGCCCAGAGGUGACUCCAGGCUCCAGGAUCGUGGACUGUAACCCCAAAUGCAAACUUGUACAACCCACGACACCAGGAAGCAAACUGGAAAACACCAAAACUACUGCUGCUGCUGCAACACAGAGCAGAUAUACAGCUCGAAUUCACGAAGCUGCAGGAGUGAGCCAUGUGCUCUGGGUUCUGCUGAUCAUCCUGCUUCUUUUUGCAUUCUGCCUGGGUGUGUUUUUCCUUAAAAUACGGAAAAAAUAUCCACAUCUCGACUGCUGCAGCAGAGACAAGCUGCAGGCGGAGGACCCUCUCCAGACUGAGACCGAUCAUCUUCAAAGCCUGACCACACUGAACUUUACCAUCUUUGAGGAAACUCCCAAAUCAGACAUUAUGGGUCCUGCCCCUCCAGAGAAUCCAACUCACAACCCACAAGUGGAAAACAGAGAGGACCCAAGCUUAGAGAGGGAUAACCGCCCGCGGAGGGCCAAAGGAUUCCCGGAGCAGACCCUGUCAGAGUCUUUCCCCCCCAUCGUCUUGUACGCCGUGAUCAAGGAGAUUCCUCUGCGACGCUGGAAGGAGCUGAUGCGGCUGCUGUCGGUGACCGAUCAGCAGCUGGAGCGAGUGGAGGUGGACGUGGGCUUGAGCUCCAUAGAGAGACAGUAUCAGCAGCUCAGACUCUGGAGCCAGAAGCCGAGCGCCAACAUGGAGGACGUUUACUCCGCGCUGCACUACAUGGAGCUGGCAGGAUGUGCACAGAUGAUUGGGGAGAGUCUAGAACAGAUGCAUUGGAAACCACAGUUUGAGACGUCUCUGUGA